AACGAAGAAUUCGGGGGACUCACACUAAUCCAUAAACCGCGGUACGACUGAAACGGUUCGGGUGAACGGGAACUGGAAAAGGCGCGUACAUGAGCUUCAGAAUGGCGGCUCUUUUGGAAUCGCUGCUCCAGAGGGAAGUGGAGUUAAACAGGGCCUUAGACUGGCUGAGAGGACGACAUGAGUGUGAAGAAAAUGGCCAGGAUUUACAGGUUAGGAAGCAAGAGUUUGUCCCCUUUCUUCUGAAUUUCUUGAGGGACCAGAGCAGUAACAGUUUGACCCAUGGCCCUGCUACCCCUGCCAAAACUCCCAGUACCAGCAGGCCUCUCAGAGCUCAGGGAACCUCAAGUGAACGCAGGGGAAACAGGUCGUCCACAGGACAAGGAUCCCGCAGCACUAGUCGAAUCCAGCUCUUCUCUCCUGCUGCCAACACAUCUCAGCCGGGGGACAAUCCAAACGAGCUGGACAAUACACUGAAUAGCUCUCAUGGCUCUCAUGGCCUUACUGGCAUCAGUCAAUUUAGUAGCCCGUCAUUCAGUUCAGGAUGGAGUCCUGCCCCGAGAUACACACCUUCAGAACGGCGAUCUGCCCAGCGGCACUGUCUUGCUGACUUCAUGACUUCACCCCCAGAAACCCAGCCCAGCCCCACCGCACAGCAGCACAGAGGACGCAGGAGGAUGGGGCCGUUUGGGGCAUCCGCAGCAAGCAGACAGACGGGAGCUCGUAGUGGCCAGAUGGAGGAGGGUUGCCGGUGGGAUGGUGCAGGGAGGAAGGGGAGGGUUGCAGCGAAGAUCAACGAGCCAGUGUCGCCUCCCACACAAGUAGAACUCAAUUUCAACAAUUUGGAUGACUUUCCCCCAGUGGGUGCAGCCCAUGUCUCACCUAUACCAGCUAAACCAUCCCGGCGGAUCAACCCGACACCAGUCAGUACAGAACGACCCAACUCCAAACCCAAGAGCUGCUUCACUUCUACACCCCUCAGCCAGCCCUGCAGUUCCAGCCCUUCUAUUCCAGAAACCUUUGGGCCAGGACCAAGUGCUGCAAGUCCCCUUUGUCUGCAAGAAGAAAGGGAGCUGCUAAAGAAAGAAAGAUCUAAACUUGCACAACAGACAAGCUCCCCUGCAAAGCCCAUCCCAGGGGUUUGCACCCCCACCAGACCAGUGAGACCAGGGUCUAAGGUGACUCCUGAUCCACAGGCACCUGGCCCUGACCCUGCCAAAGUGACUCAUGCACAAGAGCUAAACCUAUUAGCUGAGAUCUACUGUACCUGCAUUUCAGAGAACUUGGUUCCAUGUGUGUUCCUGGAAGUGUUCUUUGUGCUACAAUUGCUCACCACCCGUAGUGUGGCACCCUCAGAUACAAUGGAACAGGAUCCCCCUGUGCCUGGGGGAAAAACAGAUGCCCUUGAGAGAGAUUAUCUGGGAAAUGUCCACAACUGUGUAUAUUUUGCUGUGCAAGUUCUGGAGAAUCAGUUUACGCUGCUCUCACACCUGGAUCGCUGCACUCUGCGCCUCCUGGCGGAGAAUGAAAGGGUGGGGGUUUUCUCUCCAGGCUUGCGAGAUCUUCUGGUACAAGCCCAAGACAGUUGCACAUCGAAGGUUAUCCCAGAUCUUCACACCUUCAUUCAUUCAGUGCCAUUCCAGCCAGCUACUGACAACCGCACAAACUUCAGCAGUGACAAGGCUUUUCACAUCUUUAAAAAGCAGAGAGAUAUAUUUUAUGAGUUGCUGAGAGAGUGGGAAGAUUAUCAUAAGGAGCCUGGCUGGGAGUUUGAAGCAGCACUCGGAAACAGAGUCAGGGCAAUGGUCAGUCAGCUGACUGCAGCAGGAAACCACUGUCAUUUUGCCAGACUUUUCCAGAAGCAGCUAGUUCAGAUGUGUAAGGGCCCCAGGGUUCUGGGCUCUCCUGGUGAUGCUCCAGAUGCAGACCUGCUGGGAAUGGUGGGAGCUGACAGUUUGGGACGACUUAAGCGCUUGCAGGAGCGUUUGAUCCAGCCACAGGCUCUAAGUGGACCCUGUCCACCACCAUCUUUUCCAGGGAAUCAGGAGUUUUUCAGAGACUUUCUGCAGACUGCGAGCUGCUGCCAGUUGAACCAGCACUUGAAGGAUGGUUUGUGUCAGCAGCUCUUGCAGUUAAAUGAAGUUUCCAUCCUCGGCCCCGAAGCCGCAUCAGACGAAGGAGAGGAGGGAGUAGAUGGGGACAUGGAGCAGCAGGACGAGAAGCAGCGAUACUCUUCUGUACUUGUUGUGGCUCAAGUGCUGGCUAAGUUCCUAGGUUUUAUCUCCUUCCUGCCCUAUCAGACCUCUGAAGCUCCAUCCAGAGAGAUCCAAGAGGCUGCUGUGACUCUCCGCAGCAAGAGUGCUCCAGUGCUGGAUGUUUGUGCAGUGCUAAGAAGCUGCAUUCAUAGGAAGCGAACUGUGCUGACUAUACCCUGGCUGGUGGAGUUCCUCUCCAUGUUGGACUAUACUGGCCCAUUUCUGCCUUCUUAUAGGGAUGCAUUCGGCCUGCUGCUUCAGUUCUACAGGCGGAUGAGAUUAGGUAAAGUUGGAGGGCAAUUUUACUUGAAUCAGAUGCUUUUGGUGGCAACGCUCGGCUGGCUUUUCCAGAUCCCAGUCUUCCCGGAUGACCUCUUCUUUAGCAUGGAUCUAAAAGAUGAACUAAAGGAACUGGAGAACCACACUAGCAACCAAGGACUGGAUAAUCUGCCCUUAGUGGAUCAGCAGCUGCUCUAUACGUGUUGCCCUUAUUUAGGGGAGUUUCGCAAGCUGCUGGCUGCUUUUGUGUCAGGAAGUGCAUCCAAGACGGGAGGCUUGAUCCGCAAGAUCACACCCACAUCUGCAGAGCCCAGAGGACCCCCAACUACCCGCUCUCAACAGAAAAUCCAUCUGGACCUAGAGCAGGCUUUCUUCCAUAACCAGCCUCCCUCACUCAGACGUACUGUGGAGUUUGUGGCAGAGAGGAUUGGGUCAAACUGUGUCAAACACAUCAAGGCGACGCUGGUGUCGGAGCUGGUGCGAGGGGGAGAGAAGACCUUAAGGGACGGCUUGGGCUCAGACUGCGUUAAUGCAGCCAAGCUGAACGAUUCUAUUUGUGCUCAGCUGUGUGAUGCAGGCAUGCAGGCACUAGAGAAAGCUACCAGAUUUUGUAGCGAGAAUGCCCCUAGAGCCGUCAGAGUCCUUCUGCCUGAGGAGACAUCUCAAACUGUGCUGACAACAGCUGAGAGCAUCACCACCCGACUGGCCACUGAGAAAGCCUGCAGCUGGCUCUCCUCCAACAUCACAACUCUCAUAAAGAGGGAGUGGAAAUGUAGUUUUGAGCGGGUGAUUAAGACUCUGCCAAGCCCUACUAGUAAAGAGUCUUUGAAUACAGAGGAAGCAAAUAGAAGCCUACAGCCACCAAAGAGUUCCUCAGGCCAGGAGACUGGGUCCUUUUGCCCUCCAGAUUGCAACAAUGAAGCUCCACUGGCAUCGGAUGUCAUCGUCGAGAUAAAGGAGGUGCUGAGCAUUGCAGUAGGCCCUAGAACUGAAGAGGAGGUCUUCACAGUACAGCAGAUCUUCUCUCUACUUGAUAAAGUUGAACAGAGUCUGAAAAGCAGAAAAUUCAUGUCUCCAGUAGCAGAGCAGAUGCUGUUGCGUUGUACUGUCCUGCUGGCUUCCAAGCUAGUAUCAGGAGAGCUACCUGUGGUGUCUUCAACUGAGACUAACAGGAGAGCACUUCCUGACUUAAGGCCUCUGUUGGAGGAGUUUGUUCUCAUAUGGACUCGUACGCCUUCUGCACCUUUGACCCUACUCCUUAGUGAACUUACUCUCACUACCAUGCUCCAUACCAAUGACGUACAGAGGUGUAACUACCUGCUCUUAAUUAAACUGCUCAUAGAGAAAGGACUUCUAAAAGAGGAUGAAGUCGGCUCUCGCUGGAUGAAACUAUCAGAGUUAUCCUGGCCAGUGGAAUCAGUUGAGAAGUUUAAGAAGCUUUCCUUGGCCUCUCCAUCAACAGUGCCUUCAGUCAAGCAUACUGACAUACUGCAGGUCUCCCCGUGACCAGCAGAGGGAGCCACAUACAUGCACUACAUGAGUGUUGAAUUCAGGCAAAAUUAUUUUUCACACUUACAUAAAAGAAAAACUAACAUGAAAGUGAUUGAGAUAAUAAAGUAACUGUGUAUGUGUUUUAUGGGGUGUAAAGUUUUUAAAGAGAGUAUUUGAGACAUAUUCUAAAACAGUGCCUGUCGUUAUAUGAAUUUUUGCUUUGGAAUACCCAAAGAAAAUGUACUUUGGUAUGUGAUGUGUGUAAAAUAGUAGUAAUGUAGUGAGAUGGAAUUAUAACCUUGGACUCAAAAUGCUGUUUCAGUGUUUAACCUGAUAAAAUUCAGAGACAGUUAUUUUUCAAUAAAUAAAAGGAGAAGGCAAUAAAAGCAUCUGGAUUUGGAUUCAGUACAGUGCAUUCGAUUGUGCUGUUGUGCAGCAGCAGAUUCAGGCAGUGCCAGUUUUUUUGAAAAUCAAGUCUGGAUUUUGUUCUUCCCUUCAUAUAACAGUGAGCUGUAUAAGUGUCUCUGCUAUAGUGAAAAAAAGUUCUGAAUCAUGAAAUCAUGUUGUUCUGAACAUAUUUUCUUGUGUAAUUGCUGGCUUGCUAUAUACAGCUCUGGGGAAAAAAAUGAAGAGACCACUUCAGUUUCUGAAUCAGUUUCUCUGUUUUUGCUGUUUACAGGUAUAUGUUUGAGUAAAAUGAACAUUGUUGUUUUAUUCUACUACAGACAACAUUUCUCCCAAAUUUCAAUUACAAAUAUUGUCAUUUAGUGUAUCUAUUUGCAGAAAAUGAUAUAUAUAUCAUAUAUAUAUAAAUAAUGCAAAGAAAACAUGUUCAUAUUUCAAAAGUUUUAAGAGAGAUUAGAACUCAUAAAUUAGGACUCAUAAAUUUAGGUGGUCUCUUUUUUUUCUUUCAGAUCUUUAUAUAUAUAAAUAUCUACACACCUGUGGAUUACAGGCCGCUGUUUGCUCGGAAUGCUUUUGGGUGCAUUAUUUUAAUGAACUCUUGGUUCAUGUUGGACAUAAUGUUAAUAAUAUUAUUGGUUGGUUUUAAACUGCCUAAUGUCAAAUUAAUGAAUAUAAUAAAUUUGCUAUGUAAAUGUUUCAUUAUUAAA